GAUUUCUGUAAGGAUAAAUGGACUGUGGCAUCGCAGAUUUCACAGAAGCUACCCGACUUGAAGCAGGCUGCCAUGACCAGCCAGUCUCAGGGGAUCCAACAGCUCCUUCAGGCAGAAAAAAGGGCAAAGGACAAGCUAGAGGAAGCCAAGAAGAGAAAAGGGAAGAGAUUGAAGCAAGCUAAGGAAGAAGCGAUGGCAGAAAUCGACCAGUACAGAAUGCAGAGAGAUAAGGAAUUUCGACUAAAACAAUCUAAGAUAAUGGGAUCUCAGAGCAGUCUCUCAGAAGAAAUAGAAGAACAAACACAAGGGCAGAUAAAAGAACUGAAUGGAAGUUACAGCAAGUACAUGGAGAAUGUGAUGAACCAGCUCUUGAGUGUUGUCUGUGACGUGAAACCAGAAAUCCACAUGAACUACAGAAUCACCAACUAAAUGUGCACCCUAUUGUCCAAUAAAUGGUGCGUGCGUGCCACCUGGUUGCUGAUGGUUUCAUGUUUAUAUCAAGAAAUUUGACAUGUAAAUCUGAAAUUUAUGAGACAUCUGCAGAUUUUAAUGUGACGUAAGUCAUACAUGCGUACUGAAUUUAAAAGCAAACAAACAAAAAGUUGUUACAGCUUUCCUGGUAACAGGUAUGAUCUUGUCUUUUAACUUGGAGUAAUUACUUUUGGGCAUAUAACAGAAAUACAUGGACCUGGCCAUU